GAAAUGUGUGUGCUCCAGAUCCUUUAGCUUGUGGGGCUAAUGCAGUCAUGGCAUUUUCAGGCCCUGGAAUUAGGGUCUUGGGUUUAAAUACUCCACCGUUGGGACGACGAUGACGAAUGGGGGGGUAGAAUGUAGCAGAAUGGUCUGAUGUCAUCUAGUCAGCUGAGGCUGAUUAUGCUCAUUUACCUGCCUAUAAAGUCGUUUCGGUUUGUGUUGUGGGUGCGUUUGCUCUUUGUCCGCGAGCGAGCCGCCGUACUUCCGGGUUUACGUGCAGAUAGUGGCAAGGGUGGACUGAGGAGCUUUGUGGGGAAGCCUCUAAGCGUUUAGGAAGACGUGCUUAAUAAACGUCUGCAUCCGUGCCUCUGUACAGUAUAAAUAGAGCAUCAGAAGUCGGAGAGUAGAGCAGAAGGAGGAAGAAGAAGAAGGAGCAGAAAUGGACGUGGUGUUUCUGGUGGUGUUGCUGGUUGUUGGAACUGUUGCUCACCCAGAAAAUGGUGGGCAGCAAGGUCCUGGACCUGUAGGAGGAGGAUCUGGGCCAAUGGGAGGAGGAUCUGGGCCAAUGAGAGGAGGAUCUGGGCCAAUGGGAGGAGGAUCUGGGCCAAUGGGAGGAGGAUCUGGGCCAAUGAGAGGUCGAUCUGGGCCAAUGAGAGGAGGAUCUGGGCCAAUGGGAGGAGGAUCUGGGCCAAUGGGAGGAGGAUCUGGGCCAAUGGGUGGAGGAUCAGGGCCAAUGGGAGGAGGAUCAGGGCCAAUGAGAGGAGGAUCUGGGCCAAUGGGCGGAGGAUCAGGGCCAAUGGGAAGGCAUCCUGGCCCAAGAGGAGGCGCUUUCGGGCCAAUGGAAAGAGGUCCUGGGCCUAUGGGAGGAGGAAAUCCUGGAUUUACAGGAGGAGUUGGAACAAUGGGAGGAGAAGCUGGACCAAUGCAAAGUCCUUCUGCAAUGAAACAACGCCCUGGGACUAAAGGAGGACAUCGUACGCCAAAGAAUGACAGUUCUGAGUCAUUGGGGAAACAUCACAAGGCAAAGAAUGAAACUACUAAACGAUUUGGUGGAAGAGGCGAUCGGCCUCCAGUUGUGCCUGGACAGAUGAGAGCAUCAGAUGGUGACCAAUCCUGGAGUCCAUCUGGAGACGGGCCAAGAAAUGAUUUUGGAAUUGGGAUGCCUGUAGAAUUCGCAGAACUAAGAGGAGGAUCACACAGAGGAUCACAUGGAGGAUCACAUAGAGGACCACCACAUCAUGGAGAAAAACCAUUCAGUCCCAACUUUCAGUUCAUCCCUCUGUUCAAGACGGACAAUAUCACACUGCAGGAUUUGAAUUUCACUCUGCCACUGAGAGAGGGGGAAAACAUGUUUGUCUUAUCAAGAUCUCAGAUCCAGGGAUUGCUGCAGACAAACAGGAACGACUUUCGGGCCUUAAUGCCGUACGUGAAGAUGAUCUUCACCCCCACUGCUGCAAAAAAGCUCUCGCUGGAGUUCGGAGUGAUGCAGAAGACUUGGGCUGAAAAUCCUGCAGGAUAAAAGGAAAGAGAAGAUCACACCAGACACAG